UUAGUGGGGGGAGUUACGGGAGUUGGUAACACUUUUAGGGAGAGAAAAUGCAAGUUUAAAGAGAGAAAACAUAAUCAUGUGAGUCUAUUACAAAAAUGGAGAUAAAAGUGGUGUUACUGCUGUGCCUUCUGGGGAUUCAAGCAGUGGAAUGUGGCUCCUCUUCUUCUUCCUCUCUCUCCUCCAACUAUGGUUUCUUUAAUGUCAAGGAUUAUGGUGCCAAGGGAGAUGGAAAAACAGAUGACACUAAGGCAUUCAUGGAUGCAUGGAAGGAAGCUUGUGGGUCCCGGGGACCCGGGAGAUUGUUGAUUCCCUGGGGGGCCUACCUAGUGGGCCCAUUGGAGUUCCGGGGCCCAUGCAAGAAUGUGCCCACCAUGCACAUCCAGCUUAUAGGCAUCCUCAAGGCCCCAAGAGACAUGAGCAAGUUCGGGUCCUUGGACACCUGGGUCCUGUUUGGUUGGGUCGACGGCCUCACGCUCACUGGAGGUGGAACAUUCGACGGUCAAGGUUCUUCGGCUUGGCCGCUCAACAAAUGUACCACUAACACAAAAUGCAAGCUUCUACCGACAUCUGUAAAAUUCGCUUCACUGACAAACACGGUGGUCCGAGGAAUAUCUUCAUUGAACAGCAAAUUUUUCCACAUUGCAAUUUUGGACUGCAAACAUUUCAAGGCCUCCAGCAUAAAGAUCACAGCACCAGAAGAUAGCCCAAACACUGAUGGAAUUCACCUAGAAGGAAACACAGACAUCACCAUAUCUCAAAGCACCAUUGGAACAGGAGACGAUUGCAUCUCUGUUGGUCCGGGAAAUUCCCUUGUCUCCAUUGACAAUGUCAAAUGUGGGCCGGGCCAUGGCAUCAGUGUUGGGAGCCUUGGGAAAUAUGUUGAUGAAGGGGACGUGGAUGGACUGAGUGUGAGAGACUGUUCAAUUUCGAAUACCAUGAAUGGUUUGAGGAUCAAGACGUGGGCAGGAUCACCAGGAGAAAGCAGGGCCAGGAACAUGACCUUUCAGAACAUAAUCAUGAACAAUGUAGGCAACCCCAUCAUCAUAGACCAAAGUUAUUGUCCAUAUUCUUUUUGCCCUGACAAGGCACCUUCUCAAGUGAAGCUAAGUGAUAUCACCUUCAAGAAUAUAAGGGGCACUUCCAAAACAGAGGUUGCAGUCAAGCUUGAGUGUAGCAAGGGCCACCCCUGCAAAGAGAUAAUUUUGCAAGAUGUCCACCUGGAAUAUAAUGGUGGACCCGCGAAGGCUUCCUGUGUGAAUGUUAAAGCCACAUAUAGUGGAACCCAAAUCCCACCCCCUUGUUCUUAAAAAACAAGAAAAAAAAGCCAAGAGAUUUUGGUAGUUUAGAUCUUAGGUGUAUGAUUAGUUUUAAUUCGCAACGAGAGAUGAUGCUGUAUUAUUGAACCUGUCAUCCUCAGUCCUUGUUUCACAGUGUAGUCAUGUAUGCUAAUCGCUUUUAUUAAUUUUAUGUAUUGAUUUGUAUAUAUAUGUAUGUGUAGCGAUUGGCUUGUUGUAUUUUAUGUAUUGUAAAGCCCUGUAAACAUC